ACCGAUAUUCUGUUUCUUAACACCGUAAAAAUUAUUUACUUGACGGAAUCACUCACGUGAUCUAGUGGAACGUAGGGAACAAGAUGGGGUUGCAGGUAUUGUUGUCUGAAAACAAAAAUUAUAACACAAUUAAGAGUUAUUUGAUUUAUAAGAUGUUACGAUCUUACCCCAACGCGCCUUACUCAUGUGACGUCAUCUGGAAUUAUGAUGCGUGCAAAAGAAAGAGAUGAAGCGAUAUCCCCACAUCGCGCUCACUUCUGCACAUUACAAUAUUUUAAAUAUGAAUUACCCGCUCAUUUAACUUCUUUUUCGUAUUAUUAACCAUUACAUAUAGAAUAAUGUACAAAAUCAAGCAUAGGCCUGUCCCCUAAUUGUAAUUAAGUAUAUGUACCCUGUACAGAUAUGGGACUAUAUAGUGUUUUUAUGUGAAAUUUUGUUAGUCUAUGUAUAACGCGUCUAUUUAUAAAAUGUCAUGGCACGUAUUCAUGUAAAUCUUUGUAGCGACCAAUCACAGCGUCGAUACGGAAUGGUGGGGCGCGGCCGCGAGGUCUUUAAGUAAUUCUGUAUGGCGGCGCGAACACUAUUCGUAUACUUAUCGACGCGAAAUAUUGUUUUAUUAACCCAUUGACACAUUUUAUUAAAACCAAAUAAUGGCGGGAGAGCAAUCAAGUUUCGAUAUUGUGAUUGAAAUGCCUGAAAAAGUGAGUAAAACCAGAAAAUUGCACCCGGCGACCGGGUUCGCGCCUGAAUUCAUGGACUCAAAACAGAGUGCACGACAAAACGCAGGAAGACAGCUUAAUAGUGACGGGAAACAUCUGUCGAACUUGCCCAGAGUCCACGGGCACAACUCAAAGGUACCACGGCCAGUGAAAGCAAACAAUGAAAAGCAACAACCAUUAUCCGAUGAGCCUGAGCCCGACAAGUUUGCCGGGGACGUAGAGGAGCCCGACAGCGCCGCGGACUCCGGCGCCGACGUCGGACUCCUGGACGAUAAUGACGGCCCGCAUGAUGGUGAUAGCGGCAUCGACAAUGGUUCUGGUGACGACGGCCGCAUCUCAACAGUGCCCGAGGUGCAGCCAAAAUUGACAACAUACCACCGCAACGAGGUCUACGCUCAGCGCAUGGCCGACUUCGCGCUGUUCUCCGCCAACGUGAAUCAGCUACGCAACCUUCUAGGUUCUUCGAACACCACUCAGUAUUACUACUUCAACUUGACCCUAAUCGCCGCUAGCAUUAUACUGCAAGUCACUGUAGGCGUCGGCAUCAUGGUGAACAACUUCUACAACGUAAAUAAAAAGGACACGUACAAAGCGGGCAUUAUCAACAACAUGACCGUGGCGGGCGUGUUCCUGAUCACCAUCUUGAAUGUGUUCAUCGCGUCGUUCGGCGUGGCCUCUUCGCUCUAGUGGCACUACCCCGACUCGCCACGACGUCUAGCGACUAUAAAGUCUAACUUUAAGACUGAAUUUUCUACCCAAAGACAUUAAACAGUAUAGUUUUUUUUUUGAGAUCUGCCUGAUCUUAUAGGCCUCAAUGUGUAUUUAGCAGCCAUGAGGUAUACACUCUGGACUGUGUGCCUAGGGUCGCGGCAAACGUGCCCCCGUGCAUGCACAAGAAUUGCCUCGGGGGGAAUUAAACAGUAUAGUUAUAGACCGGGCAUAGGGGCCAAAUUUGUGCUCCAAAAGUUAUUACCAAUUGGUAAUGAGUCGCUGUGAUAUUUGAAACGUCCUGUGGCAAGACGUCACAACGUUUGUCUUAGAUUAUUCUAGAAAUUUACCUACAUUAUAAAAAGUGCCAUCUGUUGCCGAAAAGCUUUCAUAUUUCUGAGUACCAAUUUGUUAUGAAAUUAAUCAAUUUAGGAUAUCGUUUUUUUUUUCUUAUACUACAAUAAGGACCUACAAGACUCUUCUGUUUGUAUGAUUUAAAUACCUUCAUAAUUUGUAUACGUAUGUGUUAAGGAAUGCAAUCUCGUUGAACUUUUACGUAUAUACCUACAGGUUUGUACGGAACCCUCGGUGCGCGAGUCCGAUUCGCAAUUGUUUUACGAGAUCUCGCGAGAUUGCGAGAUUAAGCGGAGCAACAUAUUAUAGGCUGUCAGAUGAAACCCUUGAUAUGCUGUGUUUUUUGUGAAGCCAUUUUUAAAAAAACUUUUUCGAUUUAAAACACAGCAUGGCAAAAGUUUCAUCUGACUAAGGAAUUUAAACCUUCUCUUUAUUUGAUUAGUUACCAAAACAAUUCUUAUUUAAAUACUUUUAAUAACUUCAUUUACUUAAAUAUUUUAUAUUUUUUAAGAACUUGAGAAGUUCAAUUUUAAUUUUAUUAUUUCCUAUUACUUAUAUAUUAACCAUUAUUACUAAUUCAUAAAACUAAUUAUCUUUGCGGAAGACUGAGCUAACGUGAUUAUAAUUUAACAAGACUGAAAUGAUUGACUGAUUUUAAGAAAGAAAAUAAUAAUGCGUUAGUAAAUUAUAUAGUUAUACUGUUUUUAUUCCGAAAUACUCCUAUAGUAUGCCACAUUACAUAAGCGGCGAUAGCCUAGUUGGGUGUGGAACGGACUGCCAAGACGAAUGCGCUCAGGUUCAAAUCCCAAGGGCACACACCUCUGACUUUUCUAAAAAAUCAUGUGUGUAUUCUUUGUGAAUUUAUCGUUCGCUUUAACGGUGAAGGAAAACAUCGUGAGGACACCUGCACAUCUGAGAAGUUCUCUAUAGGAAUUUCGAAGGUGUGUGAAGUCUACCAAUCCGCAUUAGGCCAGCGUGGUGGACUAAGCCCUAAUCCCUCUCAGUAGUAGAGGAGGCCCGUGCUCAGCAGUGGGCAAGUACCUAUAUAAUACAGGGCUGAUAUUAUUAUAUGCCAGAGUACAUGUUUUAUUUUAGUCUUAUAUGUUAAUAAUCAGCAAAUGGACUUAAUAGCUUUUGCAUACGUUUUCCGUAAAAUACUUAUACUCAAUCUCGCGAGAUCUCGAAAAGCACGAGAUGUCGCGAGAUCUGGGUUAGGUCUAAAAUCUCACGAGAUUGCAUUCCCUAGUAUGUGUAGUAUCAUUAUAGAUUUCUGUUAAUAAGUAUAUUCGUUCAUGAACAAUCAGUUUGCUUGGCCGAUCCAUUCACUCUAUAGACAAUUAUCUGGAGCGUGUCAGUACCACUUACGCUCUAUAAAAACAAGAACAAAACCUACUGUCGUUGUUUAUUAACUUUAUGUUAAUUUAAUAUUUACAAAACGAAUUUCUGAAUUUCCAUCUUACUUUAUUUUGGUUUGCAAGAGAAACGCCAACUCGGAGAUUUUGUCGAUAACAUAAAAAUAUUGAAAAAAAGUUAUAAAUUUAAUUUAAAAAAACUUUCAACAGGCAUUGAAUAGACAUAAAAUAUGAGUUAUUCGUUUUAAUAGCUAUUGAAUGUUACACCCGACAUAUACUUUGUUCAAUUUAUUUGUAGCUUUUGAGUUUGAUAAAUUAGAUUCAUGUUUCAUAUAUAUUUCUUUAUCAAAACGUGAGUGACGUUAAUUAUAUCACUAAGUCUACUUGUGAAAAUCUUAGAAAUACCUAGUCACAUAAAUACUUAAUACAUAUAUGUACGGGUCAUUGUUCAAUAUGAUUGAAAGCAAAUUAUCGAUGUCUUAAAAAAUACAAACCAAUGCUAUCUACUGUGGAAUAGACAAAGCAUUUUAUAAUUUAUUUUACAUUGGUGUCAAAACACCAUGGUUACUCAAUCUGGCGUGAAAUAGCAAACUAUUUCGAGGUAGAUUGAGUAACCAUCGCAUGUGCGCAAAAUUUUUGUAUGAAAAUAUUCUCAAUGUACGCUCUAUAUAAACUUCUUAGACAUUGUGUCUACCACACUGCUAUUUCAUGUAUUGUAUCUCAAUUGUAGUAAUUAGUUUACAAAUGUUAUGUACUUACGCGGUAAGUUUAGGGUGAAUUAUAUUAAUCUACUCAUACAUUAUAUUAGAAUUUAGAUGUGAUAUGAACCUCCUCCGACAUUAUUACAAAUAUAUUUAAGGUUAGGAUUAUGCUCUUAUAAAGAUAUUCAAUAGUGAUUUUAAUUAUGCCUUUACUUAAGUCUAGAAACGGUUAAUACUAUUAGGUUUAUAAUGUAAACGAUAUAUACAUCAAUUACUUACAUACAUAAUCAAGUAUUUAUUUAUUUUAAGAUUAGCUUAGACAUGUAAAUUAGAUAAAUUCCUUACGACGGAGAUACAGGAUUUCAUUAAUAUAUUUUGUUCUUUUUGUGUAUGUAGGUAAUGUCGACUAGUCGUGUACUAAGUCAACGUAUGUUAAAUAGUCCAAAGAUAGACCUAGGUAAUUUAUAAUAAAAUUUAUUGUUAAUUAUUUAUAUAUUUAAAAUAAAAUUGUAUUUUAUAUCUUUUAAAACUACGAACAUGGUGCUCUAUUUUUGCUAGUGGUAGGAUGUAUUGUAUAUCCGCCCGGAUAGCGUCCACCGUACGCAAGGUGUUAACCCGCCAUAGUGGCCCACGUAAGUGUCGCACUCCGGUGUCAGCCUGUGUAUAUCCGGAUCCAACAGGCCGGCAUAAUGGUGUCGACUGUCGAGGGGUAAUCAUCUCUCGUCAGUCAACAUUCUAUUGGACCCCACUCUCCUUACCAUUAGGUGGGGUCACUUUGCCGUAUACAAAAAGAACGUGGUUCGAAAUCAUGAUCGUUAAAUUUAAAAAUACUUAGUAGUUAGAAUUAUGUCAUUUCACAAAGUAAUUUUAUAUAAAAGACAUACAAUUUCCAGAAUGAUCAGUGCAGAGGUAUGUCGGGAGGGAUAUAACAGGCUGACUAAGAUCUAUGAAACUGUGCAAAGCUAGUUGAAAUAAGAUAUAUUUUGAAUCUUCUAUUGUAUUUUACAUUCGAUGAAUUUUUUGACCUGAUAUACUAACGAACAUAAAAAAAACGAACAAAAAUUUCAAAAGUUGUUGUAUUACGUUCUGUAACCUUUUCCUCGCGUCUUACAAUUUGUUUUUCCAAAAAUAUUUAAUGUAGUUAAGGAAAAUACAACUUUUAUAUUGAAUUUUAUUAUACAAUACCCAGUUAACAUAAUUUGUUAAUAUUGUCUACAAUCCUAAAUUAUUGUACUUACAUUCCUGUUACCAAAUGUUAUUAUUUUCCAAUAAAAGCUUUACGA